UUUAAUGGGUCUCUCUUUUUUUCUUUUUUUUUGGGAUAAAUAUAUGGGUCUCUUUUAUUUAUCAAGAAACUAUCUGGGUCUGUUUUAUUUAUCAAAAAAUUAUCUGGGUCCGUUUUGAUUUAGUCAAACAUCUAUUAGUUGUUUCAAUUUUCACUUUACCUGGGUUUUGGGUUUUGUUUAAUAUUAUAUCCUUUUAAUGUAAAUAGAUUUUUCAGGGGGGUUUCUUUACUAAGAUAUGAUCAGUUGAUGAUUGUUGAUUUUUUUUUCCCCUUAUCAUUUUCUGUUUUGGGUUUUUAUUUUUGCUUUUAAAUUUAUGGGGCUGUUUAUUAACAUUGUGUGGCUAAAUUUCAGGUUUAUAUUCUGCACCAAAUGCCUUUAGUUUAUCUCAAGAACAAGCAUGCAUCAAUCAUUUGGUGCAAUUUUAACUUCGUGAACCGGGGGAGGCUCUGGUGUUCUUGGAAGAUAUUGUUUCGGCAUUGGACUUGACUGAUUUCUUUUGUUACUGUGUCAAUUUUAGUUUCAUUCUCAUUGCAUUGCAUUGUUGGGAAAAGGGAUUGGCUAUUUGUUGAUUAAGGUACAGCAGAUUACGAAUUAUUAUUCUUCACUCCUCGUGAGGAAAUUGGAUACUGGGAAUCAAAGUUAUGGAAUCAAGUAACUCCGGUUUGGAUUUUGAAUUCCCUGUCGAGGAAUCUACCAUUUACUCAGACUUGGGAGAUUUGGGCUACACAGCUGGACCAAGUGAAGAUGGAUAUGAUUUGUCCACUGGUUCUCCGGACAAUUGUCUCUACAUGAGUGAUCUCGAGAAGCCUCUGAAUUUUGCUCCUGAAGCCGGUGAAUCUCUUCACAUUCCAAGUAAUGGCCACUAUGCUGGAUACAAUGAUUAUACUGAUGCAGAGCUGUUUCCUAGCAAUCCUUGUGGUGCUGCUCAGCUCAUAUCUUUGUCAGAUCUGUCUGAUCCACUGCCACAGAGACCAUGUGGGUUUAUGAAUGUCAGUCAUAACGGAUCUAUUGAAGCCACAUUUCCUUCUGAUGUAUCUGAAAUUAUUGAAGAGUUGGGAGAUUUGGGCAAUACAUCUGGGCUUAGUCAUAACGAAACUUCUGAAGCAGCAUUUCCUUUUGAUGUUUCUGAAAUUAUUGAAGAGUUGGGAGAUCUAGGCUAUAAAUCUGGACUUAAUCAUAAUGGAACUGCUGACACUGCAUUUCCUUUUGAUGUAUCUGCAAUUAUUGAUGAGUUGGGAGAUCUGGGAAAUACAUCUGGACUUGUUCAUAAUGGAACUAUUGGAGCAGCAUCACCAUUUGAUGUAUCUGAAAUCUUAGAAGAGUGGGGAGAUCUUUGCAAUACAUCUGGACUUGGACAUAAUUUCUCCACUUGUUCUCUGGAUGAUUGUAUUAACAUAGAGGAUCUCGAGAAGCUACUGAAUUGCCUUGCUGAAACUGAUGAAUCUCAACAAACGUUCUGUUCAAACAAAAAAGAUAGAAAAAGGAAAAGGAAAGAAAGAAAUUGAAAGAGGGUGAACAAGGUCGUGCGUUGUAGUGAUGAGUGAAAAGAAUGUGACUUGAUAUUUACAAUGAGGUUGGAGGCUUCGAGGCCUGUGAUAAGAGGUGGACAAGGUUCAGCAUUUGAAAGGUGGCCUGCUGUUCCUUUUUGGUCUCCACUGUUUGCUAGUAUCUGUAUUCCUGGAGAUAUUAUUCUUCCAUCCCUCCAUCAUAAAGUUGCCAGAAAAGUUCUUAUGUGACUGUCUAAUGAUUGAAUCAUUUAUUAUUUUUCCAUUUUUCUUAUUUUUUUUAAUUUGAAUCGUGUUUAAUUUUUCUUUUGUUAAAUUUGAA